UAAGAAAAAAAAAAUUGGACUCGAAGCACUCCGCUUUUUUUUUCUUCUCUUUUUCAUUACAAUGGCACGGCAACGAAAAAAAAAGAAACAAACCACAAGAGGUAAGAAAGACAAGAUACAGCAGCAACAACUAGAAUACGACAAGGAUGAACUCCAGGAACAAAGAAAAAAAGACGAAAUCUUGGAAGCUAUUCAGAUACAAGACCUUGACAAACUAAGACUUCUUGGACGCCAACCUAAUGGAUUUGUAUCAAACUCUUUACGUCGAAAAGUAUGGCCAUUAUUAUUACAUUGUCCUCAAUGGAAUAAACAGAAUAAAAAGUACUAUAUGCCGCAUAAAGACGAACAACAAGUGCUUUUAGAUGUGGCAAGAUCACUUGGUACAUAUCCAAAAGGUUUAAGUGAAAAGAAAAAGAAAAAACUUCAAAAAGAACUCAACCACGUGAUUGUUCAAGUAUUGCGAAAAUAUCCGAAGUUACAUUAUUAUCAGGGAUUCCAUGAUGUAUGUACAGUUUUCUUACUCUUAUUUGAAAGUCAGGAAGGAGCAAGUCAACUAAUGGGUCAUGUUGCUUUAUUUUAUCUCAGAGAUGCGAUGCUAGAAUCUCUUGAACCUAUUCUAAGAGAACUUACUUUAUUGGAUACCCUAUUCAGAUUAGAAGAUGAAGAACUACAUCAAUUUCUUCAAAUGACGGGUGUUCUUCCUUAUUAUUGUCUUAGUUGGGUAAUCACUUGGUUCAGUCACGAUCUCGAUGAUUUACCUUCCAUCUAUCAAUUAUUCGACGUAUUCCUCAGCUCUAAUCCAAUGAUGCCCCUUUACGCCUCAGCAGCAUUGGUCAUGAUGCAUCGUGAUACCAUUCUCAACCAUUUCUCAAUGGACGAUCCCAGUACUGUUCACAGUUAUCUUUCCAAAUUACCACAACAACGACAUUUAGACGUGACACGAUGGAUAAAAUGGAUGGUUGAUUUAGAAAACAAAUGGAAUCCUCUAUUGGUUCAAAAGUAUGGUAAUGUUGCUCUUGAUCAAGUCUCCUCCAUCAAUACCCACCACUCUCUUCUGUUUUCCACAACAAGUAUCUAUCUUUCAAGACAACGUCAUCAUCAUCAACAACAACAGCAAUAUCAACAGCUACUUGAAAAUAAUGUAGAAGAAUGGGUAACUCAAGCUUGUGAUGUUCUAACUUUACCUCCUUUGGAUCGUUUGCCUCUUAAUUUAGACGUGAUCAAAUCAUCAAAGUCAAUCAACAUGAUUCCUCCUUUCCUCACCUAUUCUUCUUCACCUCCUUGGAAAAUGAUCCUCGUCAGUGCUGUUGGCCUUGGAACUGCAGCCAUUCUUGUUGCUCAUCGUCCAGAUAUUAUAUCAAGUUGGUCGUAUUAGUUAAUUAUGUAUAUUACUUAUUUGUCAUCUACUCAAAUAAACUCUUAUGAUUUUAUUAUUC